AUGAGUAGAUGCAAUAAACGUAACCAGCAACCUUCAUAUAUUGCUGAUCACUUCAACAGCUUAGAUCAGGUGAUAACUUCUUUACGAGAAGCUGGACUUGAAUCUUCAAAUUUGAUACUAGGAAUUGACUUCACCAAGAGCAAUGAGUGGACAGGAAGAUACUCAUUCAAUAGAAAAAGCCUUCACGCCAUUAGUAAAAGACAGAACCCAUAUGAACAAGCUAUAUCCAUCAUUGGCCGCACUUUGUCUCCCUUUGAUGAAGAUGAUCUCAUACCUUGUUUUGGUUUUGGUGAUGCAACAACAAGAGAUCAGUAUGUGUUCAGCUUUUACCCUGACAACAAAAGCUGUGAGGGAUUAGACAAAGCUGUGAAAAGAUACAGAGAGAUUGUUCCUUAUUUGAAGUUGUCUGGACCUACCUCGUUUGCACCAGUUAUUGAUGCAGCCAUUGACAUAGUUGAGCAGAACAAUAGGCAGUACCAUGUUCUUGUCAUUAUAGCAGAUGGUCAGGUCACAAGGAAUCCAGAUGUGCCACCUGGUCGGCUUAGUCCACAGGAAGAAGCUACUAUCAACUCCAUAAUGGCAGCUAGCCAUUACCCAUUGUCAAUAGUCUUGGUUGGAGUAGGAGAUGGACCAUGGGACACAAUGAAACAAUUUGAUGACAAUAUCCCUCACCGCGAAUUCGAUAACUUCCAGUUUGUGAACUUCACAGAGAUAAUGUCACAGCACAAAGAUGCAGCUAAGAAGGAAACUGCUUUUGCAUUAGCAGCUCUCAUGGAAAUUCCUUUUCAAUACAAAGCCACAUUAAGUCUCGAAAAAAAAGUUGGUGGUUCACGUUUGCAUCACAAGCCUCUCCCACCACCACCAGAGGUCUUAGAGCGUGACAAUGCUGUCAAAUUAGUGCCAAAUCCAACUGCAGAGAAAAGUGAUAGAACGGCUCCAGUAACACAACCUGUAUGCCCAAUUUGCUUGACGAACCCAAAGGACAUGGCGUUUAGCUGCGGUCACACGACGUGCAAGGAAUGUGGUGUGGUUGUCAAGACAUGCCCAAUGUGUAGACAACCUAUAACAACGAGGAUAAGGCUGUACACUUGA